CCCAUCCUAUUAAAUCCAAGGAGAGAGCGAGCGAGGAAUUUUGGUUCUUCUUAGCCGUAGUUUUCUCUCACAGCCGCAGACAGAGAUGGAAGCUGUGUGUGGAAGUGUUUGGGUCACAUCCUCUCUUCCACGCUCACCCAAGUCCACUCUCUCUCUAUUCCGCUCUACUCAUCAACACCUAACAGCAUUUCCUUCACAAUCCCAUCUUUUCUUAUAUCACCCUCCUCCCUAUGCUAAUGCUAAAACCCUCCGCGCCAGAACCUCCUCCAAACCCGCCAUUUUCCUUCCCCACUUAAUUGCUUCUCUGGAACAAGUUGACCAGACUUACAUAAUGGUCAAGCCCGACGGCGUGCAACGUGGCCUCGUGGGAGAAAUUAUUUCUAGGUUUGAGAAGAAAGGGUUUAAGUUAACUGGCUUGAAGCUCUUCCAGUGCUCAAAGGAAUUGGCUGAGGAGCAUUACAAGGACCUAAAACAAAAGUCAUUCUUCCCCAAGCUGAUUGACUAUAUUACUUCAGGUCCUGUUGUGUGUAUGGCUUGGGAGGGUGUUGGGGUAGUCGCAUCGGCCCGUAAGCUUAUAGGGGCUACAGAUCCUCUUCAAGCUGAACCAGGCACAAUAAGAGGAGACCUUGCUGUUCAGACAGGAAGGAAUGUUGUUCAUGGCAGUGACAGUCCUGAGAAUGGCAAGCGUGAAAUAGCUCUAUGGUUCAAGGAAGGCGAAGUAUGCGAAUGGACCCCAGUCCAAGCACCAUGGCUGAGAGAAUAAUAAACCACAGAUGCCCAAUUACAAUGAUUCUUGCUGUUUCUAGGUUCAAUAACCUGAUCAAUUGUUUUCAGUGGCAAAUGUAGCACUUCAUUAAACCUUCGAGUUUAAACAGUUACUCAAAUUUUGUAAAAUUUUGCAUUUUGACUAUUCUUCAAGCCUAUUCCUGGCAUUCCAUUUCCUUUUUCUAUCAUAUCA